AUGUCGGACAGCGAAGGGGAAAUUGGCCCGAUGCCGGCGGGCGCUGCGCCGGCCGCGCAGGACGACGGCGUGCAGGCCUUUCGUGAGCGCGAGCAGCGCCAGCGUGAAAUGGCCGAGCGCGACGCGCGGCAGCCGCAGAAGAGCGCGCGGCCAGAGUGGAUGGUCGAGAUGCCCGAUACGAGCGGCGGCAUUGCCGCGUCGAUCCAAGCGAGCGGCGCGCCGCUCCGUGCGCGCGGAUUUCACCAAGGGGGACGUGUGCAGCGCUCGGGAGGCGUCGGACCGACCGGCGACACGGAGCAGGCGCGGCGGCUAUGGACCGAGACGCCCGAGCAGCGGCGCGAGCGCAUUAUGAGCGGCGGCGGCGUCGACCUGCCGAACCAGUCGACCGAGGACGAGAGCGAGCGCCUCGCGCGCGAGCGUGCAACCAAGCGCGACUCGGAUAUUCGCGAAAAGAUCAAAAGCAUGCACCGCCAUAAGCGGAUGGACGAGCUACGGAGAGACAAAGGAGGAGACCGUGACGAGCGCAGCGUGCGUGACGAGCACAGCGUGCGUGACGAGCACAGCGUGCGUGACGAACGCAGCGAGCGCCGUGACAGACAUAAAGAGACGCGCUCGGAGCGCGACGAGCGCCGCGAGCGGCACGAUCGGCACCGUGCAGAGCGCCGCGAGCGCGAGCACGACCGGGAGCACCGCCGUCGCGAACACGACCGUGAGCACCGCAGUCGCGAGCACGAUCGGGAGCGCCGCAGUCGCGAUCGCUCCGACCGGCACCGCUCCGACCGCUCCGACCGUGAUCGCCACCACCACCGCCACGCACGCUCCGAUACCCGAUCACAGUCUCCUCCACGCAAGACACGUGCGCAGCGCGAGGCCGAGGACCUCGAGCGUACUACGACCCCCUAUUUCGACAAAGACAAGGUCCUGGGCGCCGGCUCGCGCCUGAUGGACGAGCGCGCGCGCGCACGCACCGUCGCCGACGCCGCCGAGCUCACGUCGCGCUUCGCGUCGGGGACCAAAGGCGCGUUUCUUGCGAUGGGAAAUUUGUGCAUGCUCACGCUAGGUGUGGGGUCGCGCGGUCCGCAGUACGAGCCGCUGCUCCUGGACAAUGAGCGCGACGCGGUGGCUGACCUGCUCCAGUACCUCGAGAAUCGUUCCGAGACGGACUUUUUCUCCGGAGAGCCGCUGCGUGCGCUGUCUACGCUUUCGUUUAGCGACAAUGUCGACCUGCAGCGUAGUGCCGCGCUCGCCUUUGCCGAGAUUACCGAGAAGGAGGUGCGCGAGGUGGGCCGCGAGACGCUCGAGCCCGUCCUCUUUUUGCUGCAGUCGCACGAUGUCGAGGUGCAGCGUGCGUCGAGUGCGGCGCUGGGCAACCUCGCCGUGAACUCGGAGAACAAGCUGCUCAUCGUCAAGCUCGGCGGCCUCGAGCCGCUGAUCCGUCAGAUGCUGAGCCCCAACGUGGAAGUGCAGUGCAAUGCGGUGGGCUGCAUCACGAACCUCGCGACGCACGAUGACAACAAGACGAAGAUUGCCAAGUCGGGUGCGCUCGUGCCGCUCACGCGCCUCGCCCGCUCCAAGGAUAUCCGCGUCCAGCGCAACGCUGCCGGUGCGCUGCUCAACAUGACGCACAGUGACGAGAACAGGCAGCAGCUCGUGAACGCGGGCGCGAUCUCGGUCCUCGUCACGCUGCUGGCCAGCACGGACACGGACGUGCAGUACUACUGCACCACUGCGCUGAGCAACAUUGCGGUGGACAGCGUGAACCGCAAGAAGCUUGCGCAGGGCGAGCCGCGUCUUGUCCAGAACCUCAUUGGCCUGAUGGAGAGCGGCAGCCUCAAGGUGCAGUGCCAGGCGGCGCUCGCGCUGCGCAACCUCGCGAGCGACGAAAAGUACCAGAUCGAAAUUGUGCGCAGCAACGGCCUUCCGCCGCUGCUCCGCCUCCUGCGCUCGUCCUUCUUGCCGCUGAUCCUGUCGGCAGCCGCGUGCGUGCGCAACGUUUCGAUCCACCCCCAGAACGAGAGCCCGAUCAUCGACGCUGGCUUUUUGCACCCGCUCAUUGAGCUGCUGAGCCACGAAGAGAACGAGGAGCUGCAGUGCCACGCGAUCAGCACGCUGCGUAACCUCGCCGCGAGCAGCGAGCGGAACAAGGCCGCGAUCAUCGACGCGGGCGCCGUCGAGCGCAUCAAGGAGCUCGUGCUCCACGUGCCGCUCAGCGUCCAGUCGGAGAUGACCGCCUGCACUGCGGUCCUGGCUCUGUCGGAAGACCUUAAGCCGCAGCUGCUCGACAUGGGUAUCUGCGAGGUCCUGCUUCCCCUCACCGCUUCGCCCUCGAUCGAAGUCCAGGGCAACUCGGCCGCGGCGCUCGGCAACCUGAGCAGCAAGUCGGACGACUACGCGCCGUUCAACGCCGUGUGGGACAAGCCGAACGGCGGCCUGCACGGCUACCUCGUGCGCUUCCUCGAGUCUGACGACACGACCUUCCAGCACAUUGCUGUCUGGACGCUCGUCCAGCUCCUCGAGAGCAACAACAGCGAGUUGGAGCAGCGCGUGCGCGAUAGCCCUCAUAUCCUCUCGCUCGUGCGCCAGCUCCAGGCCCACGGCGAGAGCGAGACCGAGGAGGAGGACGCGGAGGAGAGCCAGGCCGAGUCUGCGACGCCCGAGAAGGAGAUCGCCGGCCUCUCGCGGCGCAUUGAGGAGAUUUUGUUCGAUACGGGUGACCGCACCCACGAUGCAUAG